AUGGGGAGGGGAGCGGGGCGGACGGCUACAGCGGGAGGCGAGGCGCCAUUUUUAAACCCUCUUGGCGGCUGCCGGUAGCUGUUUCCGGGUAAUUUGGCCUCCUGGGAUGCCAUCAAGAGAAAAGGUGGAAGGAAUCCUUCUGAAGGUGGUAGAUUUGGGCUGAAUUCAUAUUUACCUGGUUGUCAACUCAAUAAUAUUUAGCCAGGAUGGAUACUUUCACCAGCAUACUUCCUCCAAUAAGUGGAAAUAGUGAUCUUGUUGGUUCACAAGAAGAAAUACAAAAAAUGUUAAUCGAUGAGAGAAUGCGGUGUGAAAAUCAUAAAACAAAUUAUCAAACUCUAAAGGCAGAACAUACAAGGUUACAGGAUGAAUAUACGAAAUCACAAAAUGAGCUCAAACGGUUGAUAGUUGAAAAGCAAACCAUCCAUGACAAAUUUCAAUUUCUUCUUGCUGAGCUCCGAGGGGAAUUAUUAGAUAAAACUAGGGAACUAGAGGAACUGAAGAUGCAGGUACUAACUCCUCAAAAGCUUGAGUUGUUAAAAGCACAAAUACAACAUGAAUUGGAAACCCCUAUGAGAGAACGCUUUCGAAAACUAGAUGAAGAGGUAGAAAAAUACAGAACAGAAUAUAACAAACUUCGUUAUGAACAUACCUUCCUCAAAUCAGAAUUUGAACACCAGAAGGAAGAACAUGCACAUAUUUUAGAAGAGAAAAAAAUAAAGUACGACUCUGAGAUAGCAAGACUGGAUAGAGAUAAAGAAGAACUGCAUAAUCAGCUGCUUAGUGUUGAUCCCACAAGAGACAAUAAGCGAGUGGAGGUACUCCUAAGAGAAAAGGCUCAACUACAUCAAAAAUUAAAAGGUUUAGAAGCUGAGGUAGCAGAACUAAGAGCAGAGAGAGAAAAUAGUGGUGUGCAAGCAGAUAAUGUGCAAAGAAUACAGGUACGGCAGUUGGCGGAGAUGCAGACUACAAUGAGAUCUCUGGAGGCAGAAAAGCAGUCAGCUAAGCUCCAGAUUGAUCGUAUUGAAAAAGAACUACAGCUGAGUAAUGAGCAGAAUACUCUCUUAACCAGCAAAUUACACAAAGCUGAACGAGAAAUCAGUGCCUUGGCCACUAAAGUAGAUGAACUUAAGCAUUCACACAAAUUAGAAGUAACUAAUGUCAGACUGGAGGCAGCAAGAGCCAAGAGUGAGGUAGAAAGAGAGAGAAACAGGAUUCAAAGUGAAAUGGAUGGAUUGCAUUCAGACAAUGAAAUUCUCAAGGCAGCAGUUGAACGCCACAAAGUGCUUUUAGUAGAAAAGGAUCGUGAGCUCAUUCGUAAAGUACAAGCUGCCAAAGAAGAAGGCUUUCAAAAACUUGCAGCAUUACAGGAAGAAAAGUUAGAACUUGAGAACAGAUUAGCUGAGUUAGAGAAAAUGAAAGUGGAACAAGAUGCUUGGAGGCAAUCUGAAAAAGAUGAGUAUGAAGAGAAAUUGCGUGUUAUGCAGCUGGCAGAAGAGUCUAGCAGAAGGGAGCUUCAGAAUGUUAGGUUAAAACUUCAACAGCAAAUUAUUCAGUCUGAGGAGUUAGAAAAAGAGAAAAGUGAAAAUGCUGAUCUUAAACAGCAAAUUCAUGAUAUGCAACUCCAAGUGGCCUCACUUUCUCAGUCUGAAAAUGACUUGCUUGACUCUAAUCAAAAGCUGAAGGAAAUGGUGGAGAGAUUAAAACAAGAAUGUCGAAAUGCAAGAAGUCAAGCAGAAAAAGCUCAGCUAGAAGCAGAGAAGAUGUUAGAAGACAGACGUGUAGAGUGGUUGGAAGAAAAGCAUAAAUUUAUUCAGCGCAUCACAGAAAGAGAAGAGAAGUAUGACCAGGUGAAAGAGAAACUACACCGGGCUGCUGUUGCUCAAAAAAAGAAAACAGAUGUUAGUUGUUUAACAUUGAUGUCGCCAUCAGCAAGUAAUGUCAGAGAGGAAAUAAAAUCUACAGUUUCUAAGAGAAAGGCUCUCAAUGACAAUAAACAAAAAAGGCUGCAGGAGAAAAUCGAACUCUUGGAAGCAAAGAGAGAAGAACUAGAAACUGAAAACCAGGUGUUAAAUAGACAGAAUGUUCCCUAUGAAGAAUACACUCGCCUUCAGAAAAGACUAAAGGAUUUACAGCGCAGACACAAUGAAUUCCGGAGUUUAAUUCUGGUUCCUAACAUCCCAUCGCUUAAUCCAGUCAGUGGGAUGUCGUCUACCUUAGUUCCUGCGCCUGAAAUAUCUUUUCCCCAUCUGCAGGAGGAACAGCAUCAAAGGGAGCUCUCCCUACUUCGUAAGCGGCUAGAAGAUCUAGAAACCACACAGAGAAAACAGCUGCAAGAACUCGGGCCACGUGGAGAGCGAGUUAGGCUGGGAGUGGAUAGUGACUCUGGUAGAAGCAGGAUGGUUGAAGAGGACGAUAUACAAAUCGAGGACUCCAAAUAAAGCCUGCAAGUUUUAAUUACCACUUAACUUCACUACGUUUUCCUUGUGUAGGGUUUUUAGUGAGUGCUUUGCCAAAAACAUAUUUGUAUGUGCCUCAUGUUAGAAGAAAGGAUGAAAUAUAAUCUACAUAGUUUUGUAUUUUUGAUGGAACGCAAUGAGUUUAGUCAAACAUCAUAAUUCAAGGAAAAAGAAUGAUGACACUUCGAUAUACCAGUAACCUGGAAGACAUUUGUCAAAGCAUAUGCAAUGAUCGAGUUGCACAAAAAAUGAUUCUUUAAAAAGAAUUGUCAAAUUUUGGGUUGCAUUUUAAGCCAUUUAGAAAAAAAAACUUGUUGGGAAAAAUCCUUUGGAAUAACUGUUUAUUCAAGGAUUUUCCCCUACCCCUCCAUCCACUCAGCCUUUCUGUUACUGUGAAAUUGUGCUGUGUUGCUAGCACAUUUUUCUUUAAUAAAAAAAAAAAAAAUCCCAAAACACAUGAUACAGGAUCUGUAAAGAGAUGAAGGAGGAGGAAAAUAGAUCACAUUUUGGACAAAAACAGGACCAUAACAAUGUACCUUUUGUAUUUUUAAUAUAAAAAAAAUAAAGUUAUGGGAGAACAUGGCUAAGUAACAAUCAAGGUUUUUAAUCAAAUGCUGCAUUAUAGAUGAAGUAUGAAUAUUUGCCUUUUAUAUCUUUUAGAGAAGUCUCAAUUUGUAUUUAAUAUAUUGUGUCUUUGUUUACUUAAACCUGAUCACAUCUAUUUAUUCAAGGUUUAAUAUAUUUUUUUUA